UUUCAAUCAUCGUCUCACAUCUUUACAAUCCAUAGCCUCUUAUAAUUUAUUUUUCUUCAAAAAAUGUCUAAGCAAAGUGUGAGAAAACAUAAUGCAUUAGAGAAACAUAGGGAAAAAGAGAAGACAAGAAGCAAUAAUACAACAAACUUCUUAUUAUCUAAACAUUGGAAGAAAAUAUACCCUAUAGGGCUACAUAAAACAGGCUCUUCUCUCUCACUUUCUUCACUUUCUUUAUCUCUAUCACAAACUUCAAAUGAUUCUUCUGUUACGGACUCUUCUUCAAUCACUCCGCUGGAUCAGAAAAUCUCUCUGGCACUCCGAUUAAUCGGGUCAUCAACGGAGAAAAAAGAGGGUCCGGCCACGUCCAAGAAUGUGGCUCGAGCAGUUAGUCCAACUCGUAAUCCUAGUCCAAGUCCUAGUACUGAAGAAGAACUCAUGAGGAGGUGCAAUUGGAUAACUAGUAGUAGUGAUAAGGUUUAUGUACAGUUUCAUGAUGACUGCUGGGGAGUUCCUGUUUAUGAUGACCAUCAAUUAUUCGAGCUUCUUGCGUUAUGUGGAAUGCUGAUGGAUUUCAAUUGGACUGAAAUUUUAAAGAGAAGGGAACAAAUAAGAGAAGCUUUUGGUGGAUUUAAUGCGAACCAUGUGGCCAAAAUAGGGGAGAGAGAGAUUGAAGAAUUAAUCUCAAAUACAUCACUCAAUUUAGCAGAAAGCAGAGUUAGAUGCAUAGUUGACAAUGCCAAGUGCAUAGUUAAGAUUGUGAGAGAAUUUGGAUCAUUCAGCAGCUACAUGUGGAAUUAUGUGGAUUACAAACCUAUAAUAAACAGAUUCAGACAUCCAAGAAAUGUUCCAUUAAGAACACCAAAAGCAGAAACAAUUAGCAAAGAUUUAUUGAAGAAAGGAUUCAGAUUUGUUGGACCAGUAAUUGUUUAUUCAUUCAUGCAAGCUGCAGGAAUGACAAUUGACCAUUUGGUUGAUUGUUUUAGGCACAAAGAUUGUGUAAAUCUUGCUGAAAGACCAUGGAGGCAUGUAUAAGUUAAUUAUUUUUAAUUAUGUGUGUUUAUUGUUUAGUUUUCUGUUGUGGAAAGAUUUUCAUAAAGUUAUUAUUUACAUUUGUAAAAUUUUCA